AUGAUACGGGCAGGUUCAAUUGGUGUUAAAGAUACAAGUGAGCGCAUUGAGUUUGGCGAGGAUGACUUAGAAUUUGACGUGUUUGGUGACGAUGACUUGGAGGAGAAGGGACGCACUAUGAUCUCUCACAUAUACGUUUCUUUUGAUAGCAUCAUUAGAUCUAUUCAGUUUGGCUACACGGAGAAUGAAGCUCUAACCCUGUCUAAAAAGUAUGGCCCCUCCGAAGGAUUCAGCUUUCGAAUUGUGAAACUUAAUCAAGAUGAGUAUGUGACUGGAUUAAGUGGAUCACUAGGAUAUCAUGGAGGAAUCACAAAUUUGAUAUUUCACACAAACCGUGGGAAGCACGGACCGUUUGCGAAUGAUGAUACCAAUCCACGUCGUCCCAAGAUAGAAAUUGAUCCGUCAAUACGCGAUCGACGUGAAUUUGGUGGUUUCUUUGGUUCUUACAGUUCAGGCUGUAUCACAUCGAUUGGUAUUUACGUGAAUCCCAUUCCAAGUUCUCAUGAGCUGCCGAGAGUUUAA